AUGGACAAGUUUCUAACUAAGAAACGUGCAUUAGAGUCAAAUGAUGAUGACAGUGAAUCAAAUGUUGCUGGUCAUAGUUCUGGUGCUAAAGCCGUUGUGCGCCAGUAUAAAGAAGAUUAUUUGUCCUUUGGAUUCAUUUCAUCUGGAGAAGAGCAGCCACGUCCUGAAUGCCUUGUAUGUGGUGAGAAACUGGCAAACCAAGCCAUGGUUCCAAGUAAGCUGAAGAGACACCUUCACACAAAGCACUCACAUUUGUGCAAGAAGCCAAUUGAGUAUUUUAACAGACUUCUAGCUGAACAAAAACGCCAGGCUAAACAGUGGGCCAAAAUCACAACGGUUUCUGACAAAGCUCAAGAAGCAAGCUAUGCUGUUGCAGAAAUUGUGGCAAAGAAGAUGAAAUCACAUACAAUUGCAGAGUCAGUAAUUUUACCAGCAUGCUGUAAAAUUGUAAAUAUCAUGUUUGGUGAGAAAUAUGAACAAGAGAUUUUGAAAAUCCCUCUGUCUGAUAACACUAUUAGUCGGCGAAUACUAGACAUGUCUGAAGAUGUUGAGUCACAAGUGAUCACCAAGAUUAAAGAAGCCAAUGUCUUUGCAUUCCAACUGGAUGAGUCAACUGACAUCACUGGAAAAGCUCAACUCCUAGCAUUCAGCAGGUUUGUUUGUAAUGAAGAAUUCAUUGAACAAUUUUUGUUUUGCAAAAUACUUCCAGAAACAACAAAAGGCCAAGACAUUUUUGAUGUUGUGAACACUUAUUUCACUUCUCACAAUUUGUCUUGGGAAUUAUGCAUCAGCAUCUGCACAGAUGGUGCUCCAUCUAUGUCGGGAAGAGUGAAAGGAUUUGUUGCACUAGCCAAGCAAAAGAACCCUGCCAUUGUUUUUACACAUUGUUUCCUUCACAGAGAGGCCCUCAUUUCAAAGUCAGUAGUACCUGAGCUGCAAAAAGUACUGGACGAGACAAUAAAAAUGGUCAACUACAUCAAGAGUAGGCCAUUAAAAUCAAGGUUGUUUUCAGUACUAUGUUCUGCCAUGGAUGCUGCUCACACUCAACUCCUACUGCACACAGACGUGAGGUGGCUAUCUCGAGGUCGGGUGCUUUCAAGAUUCUAUGAACUUAGAGAAGAGCUCAUAAUUUUUUUCACUUCUGAAAAUUCUGAGAUGGCUGACCGGCUUAGUGAUGAGACCUGGUGCAAUAAAGUUGCCUUCCUAGCGGAUAUCUGCCAAGCCUUGAAUACUCUUAACAAGAGUAUGCAGGGAAAGAAUGAAAAUAUUCUUACUUGUACUGACAAAAUUACCACUUUCAAGGAAAAAUUAACAUUGUGGGGAGCCAGAAUAAAAAAAGACAACAAAGUUGAGAUGUUUGAGCUGACUAAAAGUUGCAGACUUGACAAAAAUCUUGUCAAUUUAAUUCUACAAAGUUUGUUACUGCUGAGUAACAACAUUGACAAGUAUUUCCCAUCACUUGAUAUUUCUUCCUUGGACUGGGUGAGAGAUCCAUUUGUGCCAAGUGCAUACGCGUCGGCAGCACUAAGUGUUGCAGAAGAAGAUGAGCUGGCAGAAAUAAGGAAUGACAGAGGGCAGAAAUUAAAGCACUCAUCAACAGAUAUGGCCUCAUUCUGGUUGUCUCUCCGACAAGAAUUCCCCAUGGUCACAAAAAAGGUGAUUGAAGCACUCCUUCCUUUCUCAACAUCGUAUCUGUGUGAGGCUGCCUUUUCUGCUAUGAACACCAUGAAGUGUAAGAACAGGUCACGGCUUCAAUCAUUGGAGGAGGACUUGAGGGUAUGCUUGUCAACCAUCCGUCCUCGGACAAGAGACAUCAUGAGACAUCACCAAGCACAGGUUUCCCACUGA